GUGUGUCAUUUUGGAUUUGAGUCAAUAUCAUCUUAUUCCUGCUUUUACAGAUAAAAUGCCUCAUUAAUGUAAGGGUUUGCCCUGAAAAUCUGAGGCUCUGUGUUUGCUUGAUCCAGAAAAGGCUUAGCGUCUGAUUUAGCGGGGAAAAGCUGCUGCGACCUUUUUGCUGUUGUCGGGUUUCCUCGCCGCAUCCCUUUAAAAGUGCUACUUACAUCUCCCAAUCUUGGUGAUUUGAGCUCUUGCUACUGUCAGCAGGCUCUUUAAUUCUAGUUAACAAGAUUUGAUAUCGCUUCUCCUCUCAUUCCUCUUGCUGCUCAAUUCCGUUGCUGUGCGGCGGGCUUCUCUACCCCUCUUCUCCUGAGUCUUCCGUGUUAAAGCGUCGCAAACAUGGCUUCCGAGAACCCCAACGAGGGCAAAUCGCUUGCAGACCGUAUCACCAAACCAGAUGCAGAAUCUACCGAAACACAAACCUCAGGUGGUGCUGACACAGAUGGCGCAAGUGAGGUCCAAGGAGGCAGCAACCUCCAAGAACCAGAAUACGAUGUCGAGGUUAAACUGAGUGAUCUGCAAGCCGAUCCUAACAACCCUCUAUUCUCUGUCAAAUCCUUUGAAGAUCUAGGCCUGUCGCCAAGUAUUCUUCAAGGUCUAUACGCGAUGAAGUUUUUGAAGCCAUCCAAAAUUCAGGAGCGCGCCCUACCUCUGCUUCUGCACAACCCUCCCACAAACAUGAUCGGACAGUCUCAGUCCGGAACUGGAAAGACAGCAGCCUUCACGCUCAAUAUUUUGAGUCGUCUGGACCUUAGCACGGACGAAAUGCGAAAAUCGCCGCAGGCAUUGAUCCUUGCACCCAGUCGCGAGCUGGCUCGUCAGAUUGGAGCCGUCGUCAGUGAGAUGGGACGAUUCAUGGAGGGCCUGUCCGUUGCAAUGGCGGUUCCUACAGAAGGCAAGCGACCUGGACGAUUAGAACAUCCGGUUGUUUGCGGAACGCCGGGUACGGUGAUGGAUCUUAUCAAGAAGCGAAUCUUGAUUGUGAACAAAUUGAAGGUUCUUGUUCUUGAUGAAGCUGAUAAUAUGCUUGAUCAGCAAGGUCUGGGGGAUCAGUGUAUUCGUGUCAAGGGUUUUCUCCCAAAGACCGUACAAGUUGUGCUAUUCUCUGCUACAUUCGACGACCAAAUCCGUCUCUACGCAGCGAAAUUCGCUCCCAAUGCAAACAAAAUCUCACUCAAACAAGAAGAACUCACCGUGGAGGGAAUCAGACAAUUCUAUCUUGAUUGUGUUGAUGACAAUGACAAAUAUAAUGUUCUCGUCAAGUUCUAUGGACUUCUCACUGUCGCCUCAUCUAUCAUCUUCGUUCAGACCCGUCAAACUGCUGCCGAAAUUGAGAAGCGCAUGACCAAAGAGGGUCAUACGGUAGCGUCAUUGACUGGUGGUGUCGAAGGCUCUGUCCGUGAUAAAAUCAUCGAUGAGUUCCGUGAAGGUCGGGCGAAAGUCCUCAUUACCACCAACGUUCUGGCACGGGGUAUCGAUGUUUCGACGGUUUCGAUGGUCAUCAAUUAUGACAUUCCCGAACAUUACGCCCCUGGUAGAUCACGCACGGCGGAUCCCCAGACAUACCUCCACCGUAUCGGUCGUACCGGCCGAUUCGGCCGUGUAGGGGUAGCCAUUUCCUUCGUUUCGAGCAGGGAGGAAUGGCAGAUGUUGAUGGACAUUUCGAAAUAUUUGCACACCAAUAUUGAGGGAGUCCACACUCGUGAUUGGGACGAGGUGGAGAAUCUCAUGAAGAAGAUUAUCAAAAAUCCGCGUGCGCGAGGUGACUUUCCCACGACAGCUUAAUUAGAUGCAGAUCACUCUCGAAGAAAAAGAAUAAAUCAUGAUUUACG